UGUUUGUCAUUCAGCUAUUUUAUAAUCUUUGCUUUUCCUUAAAAGAGAUUUGCGAGAGUCUCGAAAGUCCUCUGGAAACGCCACAAGCCUUUGGCCUCAGGCAGAUGUGGAAAUGGCUGCCAGAACCAGAUGUCGUUUGACCCAAAUGGAAAGUUUGGAACUGGGACCAGGACAUAAGAAUGGCAGAGAGUCAGUGACUUCCUGGCCAGGGACCUGCUCCACUUAAGAGACUUGCAGAAUAUAAGCCGUGGCUGAAAGACAAAAGCUCCUGAUAAAUUGUUGCGUCCUUCAUGAGAAGAUCGAGGCAUAGAAAGGACCUUCUGCAAACAGGAAAAGAUGGGGAAUCUUCAGGUGCUGCUGUUUGUAACCCUGGUCUUGACAGCCCUCUUCUGUUGUGAUGGAGAUAUGAACAGGCCCUUGGAUGAAGGUGUUAAGAUCAGUCCAGAAACUGCCAAUGCCUUUGUGAGAAGGCAGAAGAGGUCUUCUCCGUAUUAUGAAAGGUACUACGAGAUGUUCAAAACCCCAAUGGAGAUGAAGCAAGAGCAGUGUGAAAACUACGCCCCCUGCGACUACUACUCAGAAGUAGUGGGAUUCCAGACAGCCUACCGCUAUUUCUUUGGAAACUGAAGAAGAGGGGGCAUCUCCUGUUCUCACCUGGCUGGGACAGAGGCUGAGAUUAAAAGCAAUUGGGGUGGGGGGUAGGGGUGGGCAGAAGGAGCACAGAAUAAAAAGGGCAAUCGGACUGGUUUCCCUUCUCUAGCAAAACCUAAUAACAAUCUUUCCACUUUCCAGACAGGAAAUCACAAGCAGUCAGAGGCUUCUCUUUGCAAGGAGCAUUUCUAGGAGUAAUCACCUCUAUAAAUGCCAACGCUUGUUGGAAAGUAACCGGCAUUCCAUGCUAAGGGGGUGGGGGCAAGCAAGGAUAAAUUGGUUAGUAAGCACAAAAGUCUACCGAGCUGACAAUCCAAUUUUGGCAUUGAAAAAAGGAAUCUGGGGAGGGGGCCAAAAUACAAAUACAAAUCGGAAAGCACUCCAAACCCUUUCAUUUGGGCUAGCUUGUUGCUGCUUGCAGCCCCAAUUGGCUUCUGCCAUUAAACGGACAUCAUUGGUCUUCUUCCAUCCAGAACCAGGAGGCUGGUCACGUGACCAAUCAGAAUUGUUCAGUGAUGAUAUCACAGAGGGCAGACAAAACUGUUCAGAGUGAAGGCGUUGCCCAGAAGCUUUGUUUGCUCUCAGUGAUGUGGUUGCUUAGCUAAACUGAUUGGCUACAUGACAACCUCACCAUUUCAGGGAAGAAGGCUGCUUGAAACAGAAUGGCAUAGAGGCAGCAUCUUACUGGAGUGCAACAGGGACAUGCUGCUUGUA